AUGGGGUUGGAUAUUCCCUGGACUCGACAACUCUGGCACCGCUGGAAGGCCCUCAGAAAUGUUCCCUGGCGGAAAAGCUGGUUUGUUGGUUACGACUUGGAUGGUAACUCGUACUGGGAGUCGACGGACUACAAUAAUCCGUACAGGUUGCGUCGCAGAGUCGAGUGGGGAAACAAGAAGCACAUGGCAGAUUUUAGAGCAGUGCCGCAGUGGAUGCAAUGGCUGAGGCACGCCAGACCACAUCCGCCGACGCUUGAGGAGCUCAUUGCUGACCAGCGUCGUCAGCAGCAGCUCAAACUACUGGCACAGCAGGCAGAUCAACGCUGGAACCAGAUUCCGGUGCAGUCUACAAACGACAAAGAUCCGCGUCUUGCCAGUGCGUGGACAGGCGGUGCUACUCCCGCUCCCGUCGAAGAACCUGAACUUGAAGGAUUCGUCUAUCCCGAAAAGAAAGACGAGCAGCGAGUGUUUAAUGCGCAGCAGAUCAUCAAGCAGCGGGAUGCCGAGCGAAAUCGUGGCAGCAAAGCAUAG